UUCACCACAGGCAUAUGCAACGACGCCGUGGUUCACAGCUGCGACUUAUGCGGCAAGGGUUUCCGCCUGCAGCGCAUGCUCAACCGUCACCUCAAGUGCCACAGCCAGGUAAAGAGGCACCUGUGCACCUUCUGUGGCAAGGGCUUCAACGACACCUUCGACCUGAAGAGGCACGUCCGCACGCACACAGGCAUUCGUCCCUACAAAUGUGAUGUCUGCAACAAAGCCUUCACCCAGCGCUGCUCCUUAGAGUCCCACCUGAAGAAAAUCCAUGGGGUGCAGCAGCACUACGCCUAUAAGCAGCGCCGCGACAAGCUCUAUGUCUGCGAGGACUGCGGCUACACGGGCCCCACCCAGGAGGACCUGUACCUGCACGUGACCAGUGCCCACCCAGGCAGCGUGUUUCUCAAAAAGACAUCCAAAAAACUGGCAGCUCUGUUGCAGAGCAAGCUGAUGUCCGCACACCAGGAGAAUGGCAACCUGAAUGAGGAGGAGGGGAGGAAGUGAGGAGGAAGAGGAAGGGGAGGCGAGACCCCAGCACUGCCACGUUUACCCGGAUUUUGGUUUUGAGGGUCCCCCCAUCCUACUGGCUCUUUAAUUACAAGUGUUCAGUUCAUUUCUCUCUCCUUUUGGGACAUCGGCAGUAGGACCUGUUCCACAGUUGUCAGUGAUUAUAGUGACGACAGACCCCGUAUGAUGUGUCCUAUCGAUUUACCAAAGUUUAUUUUCCAUACUCCUCAUGGCCAAGAUCACCGUGCAGGAUUUUUUAAUUUAAUUUUAUUUUUUUAGUAUUUUCCCCCAUGGAGGGAGAGGGAUUUCUUAGAGCGAUCAUCAUUUUAUGGUGCCUUGAAAUAAAAGUACUUUCAUUUGAAAUGCUGCUCAGCAAGGAAAAUUAAUUUUAUUAUUCUGAAAGUUUACAGAAAUUAUUUUAAUAAAUGAAAUGUUUUUGUGA